AGAACUGUUGAAAUUUAUCCCUUACAAUGUUAUCUCAAACGAACUAUUGACUUUUCGCAUUAAUCGUAUGAUGGUGACGAUAAUUUUCAACGAUUGAAAAAACACUAAGACUCUUUAAAUGCUUAUGAUCACACGAUAAUUACAAUCUCAAGUGUUCAUUAAAACAUAUAUUUCUCUUUCUAGAAAAUUCAGAUUCAACGAUGGCCAUCCAAGUUUUCCUCUUUGUUUCAUUUCUUAUCUUCUCAUCAUCGAUAGAGUCGAACCAUGGAGCUACCGAAGUUAGUCUCUUCACCAACCUUGAAAAUUCACUCGAGGUCACCGCUAAACCAUUAAGAGACGGUGUAGUAGUUUUGGAAGCUGGAAAAGAUAUGGUGAGAAUUACAUGGAUGCUGAAGUCAUCGGGCAAAGUCGAUGGCGAUACUGCCUUCAAGACCGUCGAAGUGAAGCUUUGUUAUGCACCGAUCAGCCAAGUUGACAGACCGUGGCGCAAGACACAUAACGAGCUCUCUAGGGACAGAAGCUGCCCUCACAAGAUUGUCUCCAAGCCCUAUGAUAAGAUCCCUCAAUCACUCAACUGGACCAUCGACCGCGAGACCCCCACUGGAACCUACUUCGUACGUGCCUACGGAACUGAUGUAAAUGGCCAGGAAGUAGCAUACGGACAGAGCUCGGACGCGGAAAAGACGACCAAUCUCUUUAGCGUUGAGGGCAUUAGUGGUCGUCACACGUCGCUCGACAUAGCAUCCAUAUGCUUCAGUGUAUUCUCCUUUGGUUCUCUGCUAGUCUUCCUUGUUAAGGAGAAGAGGAAGGCCAAGUUACAGCAGCUGAAGUGAGUUUGUUAACCUUGGGGUCUUUGUUGAGUCGAACAAGAAAGCGUUGGACGAUAUGAAUGAUCGUUGUGUUAAGAAAGAUGUUGUAUUUACUUUCUCUGUGUCGUAUAUGUUUUGGUUAUCAAGUUGUAGCCAAAUCGUAUCGUUCGAUAUAGACUUCACCAAUUA